AUGAAGUCGGCGGUGGGCUUGCGUCGUGGCGGGUCUGGCGGCCGUGGGGGUGGCGGCUGGAGCGGAGGGCGCGGGGGCGGAGGCGGAGCGGGCAAGGGAGCCGGCGGCGACGGCGGCGGCCCGGGAGGCAAGGGCGGCUUCGGGGCGCGGACGCGCGGCUUCGGUGGCGGCCGGGGCCGGGGGCGCGGUGGCGGCGGCGGAGACGGCCGGGGGGACCGCGGAGGCGGCGGGCAGCUGCGCGGCGUGGCCAAGAACAAGAACCGCCGCAGGAAGAGCGUUUUGACGGUGUCGGUGGAACCGCACCGGCACGAGGGCGUCUUCAUCUACCGCGGGGCGGAGGACGCGCUGGUCACGCUGAACAUGGUGCCGGGCCAGUCGGUGUACGGCGAGCGGCGGGUCACGGUGACCGAGGGCGGCGAGAAGCUGGAAUACCGCACGUGGAACCCCUUCCGCUCCAAGCUGGCCGCGGCCAUCCUGGGCGGGGUCGACCAGAUUCACAUCAAGCCCAAGUCCAAAGUGCUGUACCUGGGUGCCGCCUCGGGGACCACCGUGUCCCACGUCUCCGACAUCAUCGGCCCAGACGGCCUGGUCUACGCGGUCGAGUUCUCCCACCGCGCCGGCCGCGAUCUCGUCAACGUGGCCAAGAAGCGAACCAACAUCAUCCCGGUCCUCGAAGAUGCGCGGCACCCGCUCAGGUACCGCAUGCUUAUCGGCAUGGUGGACGUGAUCUUCGCCGACGUGGCACAGCCGGACCAGUCCCGCAUCGUGGCUCUGAACGCCCACACCUUCCUGCGCAACGGGGGCCACUUCCUCAUCUCCAUCAAGGCCAAUUGCAUAGACUCCACCGCGUCCGCUGAGGCGGUGUUCGCCUCCGAGGUGAGGAAGCUGCAGCAGGAGAAUUUAAAGCCUCAAGAGCAGCUGACUCUGGAGCCCUACGAAAGGGACCACGCCGUGGUGGUCGGGGUCUAUCGGCCCCUUCCUAAGAGCGGCGGCAAGUAG